GUGCCUUCAGAUAGAACCAGUUUUUUAUUUCGCCCUAUUUUUACGCGGAAUUGUUUACAUCAGUUGUUGUUUGGCUGUCAAGAUGUCAGUCAUCACAAAAGUUCCCGAGCCAAAUAUAUACGAAGAAAUAUGUAAAGAGUUCUCUGGAUACAAACAAAUCAGAGAGGACGAUGAACUCUCAGUGGCUACAGACUACCAGGACUAUGAUCCUUCAAAACACAAUCCAGUGUUCUUCGGGAAAAUGUACAGCCACAUUCCGACUGAUACACUGGCAUAUGAAGAAGUUGAUGUUGCCCAGACUCAUCCAUCAGUAAUUGGUUACGCUUUCACAGAGAAGCCAACAAAGUCACCAUCUCCACCGCCUACUCCUGUGCCUUCAAAAUAUGAAUGUAGCCCCAGUGAAUAUCUAGAGCACCAUGUUUUCCCAGUUCUUCUACCUGCAAUGGAGAGAAUGCUUGAACAAGCAAAGAAGGAAAAGUGCUUUGAGAGAAAAAGAACAAAAUUUGAUGCCCUUGACUACGUAACUGAGUUUUUAUACAACAACAAUUCUGCUAGAAAAGAUAAACCAAAGACAAAUCUGGAAGACAUUCCGUUUGUAAAAGAUUGGCUGAAAGAUCAUCCACGGCCACCAUUACCACUGUCUUUGAUCUGGACGGAAGACGAAGCUGCUCUCAAAAUCCAGGCUUUCUGGAGGGGUUACCAGGUUCGCAAAGAUCCAGAGGUACAGGAGCUACGCCAGUGGCAGGCAGAAUGGCGUGAGGAAAAGGGUGAUGUAUCGCGCCGUGUAAGCGACUUUUGGGAGAAAAAGAUGCCAGAAUCUCCAAACAACACCAACGAAAGUAUAACCCCAGAAAAUAAAUCGACAGAAAAUAAAACAGACACUGUAAAGACUCCACCUGUGUGAUCCAGACUCUGAGUAAACAUGUUUACUUCUAGUACUGUUGCAUUUUGUAUAAAAUGAAAUAUUUGGUUCAAAUUUUCUUUUCAUUAUUUUUUGGCUAUCAAUUAAGUGUAAAUGAUGGUUUUUCUAAUAUCCCUGUACUGAAUGAGCUAUUCAUUAUAUUAAAUGGAUGUAUGGGACUUAUUGUACAGAACCAGGACAUCUAUGAAAGUCUGUUUAGUAUAUAUUCUAUUUAAACACAAACAAAUUUGCAAUCUUUUAUUUGUCUGGGAAUCUGUGUUUUUGUCAUUAAUUGAUACAUUAAAUUGCUUGUGAUAAUAUUGAAUUAUAUUUUUGUUCUAAAAUGCAUAUACAUUCUGUGAUAUUUUUGUUUUAUAUUUUGAACUUCACAUAUGUAUGACAAAACAGUUUUUGUUUGGAAAAUACAUUUUUGGUCAUAAAUCUUCAAAAAAAAUUGUUAUAACUGUUGUCAAUACUGUUUACAACACUUCCUUUUAAAUUUAAGAUCUUAUUACUACUCCCACAUAGGUUAACCAUGGAAGUAGGUUAUUUAUAUGUGAUGCAUAUCUAUCACAUUCUCAUUCAUCAGAGGUUUGAUCGUGAUAAAUCUAAUGCAUUGUAUCAUCACUCUGGUGAAGGAGAAUGAAACUCUGUAUUUGAAUGGCUGACAAGUCCGGCCUAUCAAUUGACUUGUGCUUUGAUGACAACCCUUUUGUUUUGCUUACUGACAUAAGUGCAAGUGGGCAAUAUGUAACUUUGAUGUGGAUGGGGACUUGUUUUGUCUUAAACAAGGUGUAUCAGAUUGAUGAAAAAAAUACGAUUUUACUAUAAUGACUGCUAAAUCGGCUUGUCCACAUGUUUUUCAGUGGUGUACUCUCUAUUGACAAAUCUGAUUUGCUAAUUUUUAACUGAAAAUUGUCACUGGUCAGUAAACAAAAAAAAUUACACAUUGUAUGGAUUUUGUUUUUUAUUUAAAAGUCUUCUAUGACCACUGAUGUUAUAUGUUUUACUUUCCCUGUUACUACCUGGGUUCAUACAAUAAGCUAUUGUAUGGGAAUAAAUCACUUUUUUCAGAAUA